CAGAUCACCUACAGAUUAUCCGUCUAAAUGACCAUUCGAUUCAGAUGUGUCUGAAACAGGCGCAUAGAGUUUAUUACUAGACAUUUAAAACCUGAAGAAGGUACUGCUGAGAUCAGAAGCAAAAAGGCUACUACUUUUUUAACUUAAUGCCAAACGGAUUGCAUGUACAGUGUCAUUGCUUCUUUGGACUGGUUUCUUGGACUUAACAUUCAGUCUUCGCUCCUACUCACAAGCGCAAUAACUGAUAUCUCAGUUGUAACUUUAACCAGAAGAUAGUGUUCUGCGCUCGCACUCACCUUGAAACAGGAGCAGCCGAAAUGACUCCUAAAGAAAACUUCAUCUCUGUUUGAGAAUCAACUUUGUUUGCGGACCACCUUGUGAUUAUAUUAGUAAGCACCACCAUGUUUGUGCUGUGCACCAUGGUGUUGCUUUCUCUCCACAGCCUGUUUAAAAGACCCAAGAUCCUUGAACUCCCAGAACCAGCAGCUGUAGAGGACCCCAAGCAGUCCAGCCCGGAUGCAAAACUCGGACGCAGGAAAAGAUCCAAACAUCCCUGUUAUGGAAUUUCUGGAGCUCUGCAAAAAUCAAAAGUCCACAGGCAGCAGGGUUUUGAAAGCUCUUUGGAAGGGACACUUUGGAAACUAAAGAAAAUUAGAUCCGCACACGUGGAGAAUAUUCAUGCCAGGAGGAAGUCCGUACAGCCGGUCCAGCGGUACAGUGCGGGUCUGCUCGGCCCUGCGGUCAUGUACGGCACACGAAAGACCUGGGACGUCGGCCACAACCCCUGCCUGCAGGAACUUUGGAACACAGACCUCUCAUUGGACGCAAGUUCUCUGGAUAUACUGAUGAGUGAUGGUGAGGAGGAGAACUCCUUCCUCUCAUUGCCUGACUCAGUCCUUCAGCGCCAUUGUUUAACCUCUGACCUCUCUGAAACGGCCACCUCAGAACAACAACAACUCCUGAUACAAACGUUACAGGAACGGGUUUGUGAGUUUCAGGCACGCCUGCGCAGUGAAGACGCUGCUAAACGACUUUUGCUAGAGAGCCUGCAGACACACGACCAGCUCAACCAACAACAUUCAUCCAGUAACCAAGAACCUUACGAGGGACCCAGACUGCAGAGCAGUCAGCUCAACCAAGCUGUUUCACCUGCAGGUGCAAGGGCCUCUAAUUCUUUAAAUCCGAAGCUUGUGGAAGUAAACCAGGUUCCAUCAAAGGAGCGACUCCAAAAAGACGAGGGGGAACAACUUGCUCUCAUCACGGGGCUACGCACACAGGUAAGGGAGCUGGAGGAGAAACUAGUGGAUCAGAAGCAGGAGGUGGAGAGACUGCGCUCUGAGCUGGGGGCGACAGAUCUGGAGAAGCAGCUGGAGGUGCUGGAAAGUGAAAACCAGCGUCUCAAACAAGAGCUGAAGGCCAGUCAAGCCCAGCAGCCCCAGACCACCUGCUCACCUGCCCACUGUCCACACAGCCAGGAUGUGGAGGUCUUGCAGGGCGAGCUGUGUUGUAAGGAGGAGGAGUGCCGCCAGCGUGAGCAGCAUCUGGGCCUAUUGGAGCAGCAGCUGCAAGAGAAGACGGCUCUGGUAGUACAGCUUCAGCAGCAGUUAGACAAGGCCACACGUCACAGACAAGAGCUCCAUCAGCAGCUAGAGGAGGCAUCGCUGCACAGGAGCCAAAGCGAGGAACAGCUGACGUCACGGCUUCACGACGCAGAGGAGGCUCUUUCACGUCAGGCUGCGCUGCCCCCACAGGUCAAGUAUGUGACUAAGACGGUUGAAGUGGAGUCGUCUCAGUGUAAGCUGGCUUUAAUGGAGGCUCAGGCCCGAAACCAGACUCUCCAGGAACAGCUGGGCGUGCAGAGACAGCUACUCCGAGAGCUUGAACAACAGCUUCACGAGUCUCAGAGAACCAGCAGUCAACUACGCCAGCAGAUUCUGGUCUGUGAGGGUGAGAUGGAGAGAGCUCAAGGUCAGCUGGAGGCAGAGAUGCAGAGUCUGGAGGAAGAGAAGAACCGAGUGAUCGAGGAAGCGUUCAUCAGAGCCGAGAGCGAGAUGAAGGCCGUCCAUGAGAAUCUCGCAGGGGUGCGCAUGAACCUCCUGACCCUGCAGCCGGCUCUGAGGACCCUUACCUGCGAUUACAACUGUCUGAAGAGGCAGGUGCAGGACUUCCCUUACAUGCUAGAGAAAGCCAUCACUGAAGCAAAACAGGAGAUCUGUCAGGUGAUUGGAGAGGUGAGCAGCGCAAAUCAGGAACUGCUGAGGAAAUACAAGCGCGAGAUGAACCUGAGGAAGAAAUGCCAUAAUGAGCUGGUGCGCCUUAAGGGUAACAUUCGGGUGUUGUGUCGAGUACGCCCCAUCUGCCCCGGAGAAAGAGAUGCCGCUGACACCAAAAACCUAGUGACCUUUGAUGUAGAUGACGAUGCUGUUCUUUACUUGUCCAACAAGGGCAAGCUCAUGAACUUUGAACUUGACAAAGUCUUCCCCCCUCAGGCUACUCAGGAGGAGGUGUUCCAGGAAGUGCAGUCUCUGGUCACUUCCUGUAUUGAUGGCUUUAAUGUAUGCAUCUUUGCCUAUGGGCAGACAGGCUCUGGAAAGACCUACACUAUGGAGGGGGUACCAACAGACCCUGGCAUUAACCAGCGUGCUCUGCGGCUGCUCUUCUCUGACGUGACGGAGAAGAAACCCGACUGGGACUACAAGAUCACUGUUAGCAUGGUGGAAAUCUACAAUGAGACGCUUCGAAAUCUUUUGGGUGAUAAUCCGAAUGAGAAGCUUGAUAUAAAGAUGUGUCCAGAUGGGAGCGGACAGUUGUAUGUGCCAGGACUGACAGAGUUCACGGUGGAGAGCGUGGAGGACAUUAACAAGGUGUUCGAAUUGGGUCACAUGAACAGGGCAACAGCGUGUACUAAUCUAAACGAGCACAGCUCUCGCUCUCACGCCCUCCUUAUCGUCACUGUAGUGGGGUUCAACUCUUCAACAGGCCACCGUACCUCAGGUAAGCUGAAUCUGGUCGAUCUGGCCGGCUCUGAGCGUAUUGCCAAAUCCGGUGCCGAGGGCAGCCGUCUGCGCGAAGCUCAGUGCAUCAACAAAUCCCUGUCUGCGCUGGGUGAUGUCAUCAACGCCCUUCGAUCCAAACACUCGCAUGUGCCCUUCCGCAACUCUCGCCUCACGUACUUGCUGCAGGACUCGCUCAGUGGAGACAGUAAAACCCUCAUGAUGGUGCAGGUGUCUCCCCUAGAGAGUAACAUCAGCGAGUCUGUCUGCUCUUUGAAGUUUGCUCAGCGCGUCCGGACUGUUGAGAUCGGCCCGUCGUCUUCCUCGCGACGACAAGCAGAGAAUUCAUCGACAUCUUCUUCACCCACUCAUGACAGCGUGGAGCUGGAUUCUCCUCCUGUGACCCCGGUCCCACUUCCCAUCUCAAGAGCCAGUAGCGCAGGCUCAACGCUCUCCUCCACAUCUAAAAGCAGCAGCCGCCGAAGAUCCCACAGUCAGCUUUCCACAGACAGACAGGUAGACAGAAGCAGCCCAUUCGUUGGGGAAGGUGGGCAGGUAGGUGGGGUUUUAUGUGGUUGGUCGCUUGGCAUGAAAACGCUCAGCAUGGCAUGGUGCCCUACGCGUCACCCCGUCAAUGCCCACCCAUCUAACACAGCGCCUUUAACCCCAAGAAGCUUUUUGACGAAUGAAGUUGACAGCAUGACAGACACCUCAGAAACGGAUCACUGAGGGCUGCCCGCCUUCAGUGGCGUUCGUUCUUCAAACCUCUCGACCAAUCAGCUUCUCCGUUGAGGAUUCUACCAAUGAAAACCUGCAUUAUAAUUUGACUUGGAGCUCAGCUGAUGAAUCAGGGUUUGUGUUGGAAACCACGCCAAUGGGACCUCAACUAAUUUGACAUUCAUUGGACGUGAUUUAAUAUAACGCUGACCUCGCGACAUGGACUGCUGAAGAUCCUUCCGUUACGUCAAAGUAUUUCUGGGCAAUAUGCACUUUAGUCUGGUCCAGGCUGUCAUUUGUAGUGUUAAUGUUACAUAAAUGCAUUUGAUUUAUAGAUGCUUGAAUGUACGUGUAUGUAAUGUUCGUGUGUCCGAGCAAGAUUUUAAUUUGGAUUCUUUUUCAGUCUCUCCUUUAUCUUCUGAAACAACUUAAACAUUUACAGCUUUGAAAACUGUGUUUAAUCGUGGCAAUAAGAAGUAAUGCAAAGUUUGCUCUCUAGGUAGCAUUUUAUAUUUGUACAUAGAAUCUUAAAGGCUACUUAAAGCCUGGACGUGUCUUCCUGAUCCAUGCAUGUGUUGAGACGAUCAGAUCGUGCUCUAAUUCAUUCAUUUUUAUGACAAUCAUAAAAGAUUUUCGUGCAGUGAAGUCGAACCAUGACGGUAUACAGUGUUGAAUUAAAGAGCAAGAGGACUGGAUUUGUAAAUAGUAAUGGGUUCAUAUGAGCUAACAGUACAUCUACAGUGGACAUGAUGUUGAACUGUAAUAAUCCACUGAGCAAAAGCUGCUGUCUGUGGCUCUGGGGGUUUCACUUGCUUGUAUUCACAUUGAUGUUUGUAUGGAGUUGUUUUUGUACACUGUUUUUAAUAAAUGCUCUAAGCCAAAGUUUGGCAGAAAUUA